AUGACAGAGUAUUACAACAGAGCUUUUUUACCUCAUAAUUUUAGAGUUUAUGGUUAUAAUGGCACAGGACAUAUGAAACCUUUUGAACAAGAGAUUCAGAAUUUUUGCUACUACCAAGGGUAUAUUGAAGGUUAUCCAGAUUCCAUGGUGAUCCUCAGCACAUGUACUGGACUCAGGGGCUUACUACAGUUUGAAAAUGUAAGCUAUGGAAUUGAGCCCUUGGAGCCUUCCUUUGGUUUUGAGCAUGUGAUUUAUCAAGUACAACAUAAGAAUGAAGGUGCUUCUUUAUACGCUGAGGAUAUUAAGCCAAGAGAAAUGCCCUAUAAAAUACAAAGUAUAGAGCCACUUACAGAGUUCUCUCAGUAUAUAGAAAUGCAUGUUGUAGUUGAAAAAAAUUUGUAUCAUCAUAUGGGCUCUGAUACAGCUAUUGUCACUCAAAAAAUUUUCCAGUUAAUUAGUUUGACUAAUGCUAUUUUUACUUCAUUUAAUAUUACAAUAAUUCUGUCUUCAUUGGAACUUUGGAUAGAUGAAAAUAAAAUCCCAGUAACUGGAGAUGCUAAUCAAUUACUACACAGAUUUUUAAGAUGGAAAAGAUCUUAUCUUGUUUUGCGUCCACAUGAUAUGGCAUUUUUACUUGUUUACAGAGAAAAAGCAAAUUAUAUUGGUGCAACCUUUCAAGGGAAGAUGUGCGAUAGACAAUAUGGAGGAAGUGUUGCCCUGCACCCUAAAAUCAUUAGUAUGGAAUCAUUUUCAGUUAUUAUAGCUCAAUUACUGAGCCUGAGUAUGGGGAUAGCUUAUGAUGACCUUGACAAAUGCCAGUGCCCAGGAGCUGUCUGCAUAAUGAACCCAGAAGCAAUUCAUUCCAGUGGUGUGAAGUUCUUUAGUAACUGCAGCAUGGAGGAUUUUGCACACUUUAUUUCAAAGCCAAAAGCCCACUGUCUUCAAAAUCAUCCACGUUUGGACCCAACAUACAAAGCUGCAAUCUGUGGUAACCGCGUAGUGGAAGAAGGAGAAGCAUGUGACUGUGGAACUACAGAUGAAUGUGAUGCAGAUGUAAACUCAUGCUGUGAGUCUACCGGCUGUACACUAAAAUCCACCUCCCAGUGUAAUACGGGACUAUGCUGUGAUAACUGUCAAUUUAAACCAAAAGGAGAGCAAUGCAGGUCUUCUGGUGAUGAAUGUGAUCUCCCUGAAUAUUGCAAUGGUACAUCUGCAUCAUGUCAAGAUAACUUUUAUGUUCAGGAUGGUCAUCCAUGUGGAAAUUCACAAUGGCUCUGUGUACAUGGAAACUGUAUGAGUAUGGACAAACAAUGCAGGGAUUUAUUUGGUGAAGAUAUAAGUGGGGCUCCUCAAGAGUGUUUUGAAUACCUUAAUUCUAUGGCUGAUGAAUCUGGGAACUGUGGUACAAGUGGUUCAGGAUACAAGAAGUGUGAAUCUAAAGAUACACGGUGUGGAAAAGUAAUAUGUAACUAUGAACGAGAAAAUGUACUUUUUAUUCCAAGUGCCACUACAACUUAUACUAAUGUAAAUGGAAAAAUCUGCCUCUCAGUGGAGUACCCAACAGGUAAUGCAAACAUCGAAAACAUGUGGGUAAAAGAUGGAACUGUUUGUGGUCAAGAUCAGGUGUGCAAGAAUAAGGAGUGUGGAAGUAAUUACUUGGGUUAUGACUGUACUCCACAAAAAUGCAGCUCUAACGGUGUAUGCAACAAUGCAAAAAACUGUCACUGUAGCCCGGGCUAUUUACCUCCAAAUUGCAACACUCAUAAAGAUUCAUGGCCUGGAGGCAGUAUUAAUAGUGGCAAUUUUCCACCUGCAGAAUCCCGCAAUCCUGAAAGACAUUAUAUUAAGAAUGCUUACCCUUCCAGACCUACAAGAUGGCCAUUUUUCCUACUCAUUCCUUUUGCCAUUAUUCUCUCUGUAAUGAUCGUAACCCUGGUAAAAGUUUAUUUGCAAAGGAAAAAGUGGAAAACUGAGGAGUAUACAAGCGAUGAGGAAAUUGAAAGUGAGACUGAAACCAAUGAAUAA